AUGGGAUGGGACUAUCAGUCACAUUUGUGGUCGAGUCACAAUGGCUUUGGCGUACCCAAGGAGGAGCAGGACAAAGUUGCAAAGUUUUUAUUCCAUGGACAGCCUGCUGAGCUCAAGCAUGGUAGCGUGGUCAUAGCUGCCAUCACAAGUUGCACAAAUACAUCAAACCCUACUGUGAUGCUUCGAGCUGGUCUUGUUGCAAAGAAAGCUUGUGAAUUGGGCUUGGAGAUCAAGCCAUGGAUAAAAACAAGCCUGGCCCCAGGUUCUGGAGUUGUCACAAAAUAUUUGCAGCAGAGUGGCCUACAAAAGUACUUAAACCGGCAGGGCUUUCAUAUUGUUGGUUAUGGCUGCACAACAUGUAUUGGGAAUUCCGGGGAACUUGAUGAAUCAGUUGCUUCUGCAAUUUCUUCUACAGAUAUUAUUGCAGCUGCUGUGCUUUUUGGAAACCAAAACUUUGAAGGUCGUGUUCAUCCACUCACAAGAGCAAACUAUCUUGCUUCGCCUCCCUUAGUUGUAGCAUAUGCACUUGCUGGUACGGGAUAUUUGUGA